AUGGAGGUGACCGGAGUGGGGGGCGGUUACCAGGGCAACAGGUCUCUCCACUUCCCCCUCCUGGUCCGGUCCUGCCUCCCGCCUCCCUCCGCUCUCAUCCUCCUAUCCCCACCUCUCCAGCCUCCUCUUUCAUCCCCCUCCCAUCUCUUCCCCUCCCCUCCCCGCUCCCGCCUGCCCCACCCCUGGGAAGCCCCUCCCGUCGGGCAGCGCCGCCUCAUAAGCGGGUUCCCUUCCCGGGGGCGGCAGCGGCUGGUCGGCGGUAGCUCUACUGGUGCGGGGGCGAAAGCCCGAGACCGAGCGACCGCGGCCGGAGCGCGCCGGCCACCGCCCCCACCGCCCGCCCUCCGGACGGCCGCAGCCCUGCGGGUCUCCGCUCCAGACCCGCCCCCGCCCCACCCCGCGCGCCUCUGCCGCCUCUUCCAGAGACCCAGCUUGCCGAGCGGCCGCCGCUGCCGCUGUCACCGUCGCCGCCGCCACCGCGCCAGGUUCCGGCCGCGGCCAACCUCCGCCGUCCAGGGCUCCUCCGUCUCGGCCCCUGGACCCCGGCUCCCCGCCAGCCCCGGCCCCGGCCCCGGCACCAUGUCGGAGAAGAGCGUGGAGGCAGCGGCCGAGUUGAGCGCCAAGGAUCUGAAGGAGAAGAAGGAGAAGGUGGAGGAGAAGGCCAGCCGGAAGGAGCGGAAGAAAGAAGUGGUGGAGGAGGAGGAGAACGGAGCUGAGGAGGAAGAAGAAGAGGCUGCUGAGGAUGGAGAGGAGGAGGAGGAAGGGGAAGAAGAAGAUGAGGAAGAAGACGAAGAGGAUGACGAGGGGCCGGCGCUGAAGAGAGCUGCUGAAGAGGAGGACGAAGCAGAUCCCAAGCGGCAGAAGACAGAAAAUGGGGCGUCGGCAUGAGCCCCUGCCAGUGGGCUGGGAGUGGGAGGGCCCUCGGGGCUUGGAGGUGGGGUGGGAGCAGACAAGUCCAGCCACCCUGCACCUGGUCCCUGCGCUGGGCCCAGCCCCAGAGCCACACCCCUUCUUUCUCUCCAGCCUUCUCCUUUCUGCCUCUCCAGACACUGCUCCUCCACCCUCACUCUGCCACUGUCCCACCUUCUGACCUGCUCCAUCUGAGCUCCCCAGCAGUCCCCAAUUGCUCCUCUCUCUUUCCCUCUCUCUUCCUCCUGCCCCCACCAACCCCACCUCCUCUGGUAGCCUCUCCUACCUAACCUCUGCACCCCAGUCCCAUGUCCUGCCCAUCCCUAUCCUGCCUGACCCCUGGAUCUCCCUCAGAUCCCCACCUCUCAAGACAGCGCCAGGCCGGGGUGGGGCCGGGGUUGGGGCCCGAGCCCCACAGCUGCCCCCCUCCCCUCCCCUUUUUGUAUAAUUUAAUAAAGAAAUGGUCGCGCUUCUGUUUUUAA